AUGACACUUCUGUUGAACUGAACCAUGAGUCUUGAUCUGCUCAUUUGUUGUCGUCGCCUUGAAAAUGAAAAAGCCACAGAACGAAGGAAGGAAAUUGAAAAUUUCAAGCGACUUCUCCGUGAUUCUGAAACAGUUCUCCAGCUGGACCGGAAUUCUGACUCUAAAGAAGGACAGCAGCUCAACUGGGAUGCUGUAUUUUGUGUCUUGCAGAAAUAUUUCCAGAAAGAAAUUACAAACUUGCAGCUAACAAAACCAAAUGCCUCUGCUUCAACCCAAGCUACCAGACAGAAGAAGAUGCAAGAAAUUGGAAGUUUGGUCAAAUAUUUCAUCAGAUGUGCCAAUAAAAGAGGACCCAGAUUGAAAUGCCAGGAACUUCUGAUUUAUGUAAUGGAAAUUAUAAGAGAUCCAACAAGUUGUGCUGUUUAUGGAUCUGACUGUAGUAGUAUACUCCUGAAAGAUAUCCUCUCAGUAAGGAAAUACUGGUGUGAGAUAUCCCAGCAGCAGUGGUCAGACUUGCUGGUCCUGUACGGCCAACAAUACCUCAAACCAUCUGGGAAGAUUAAUAGAGUCUUGGGGGCUAGGAUAAUUCACUCACUUAUGAGGGGGUACUGCUUCCAAACUGAUGGGUCAAGCUCUGAUAUGUUUACCUUCUUUUCAAGAGCAAUGCAGUGUGCAAGGCAAGAGAAGAGUACUGCAGGCCUGGAUCAUAUUGUUAGAGCAAUGAAUAUCUUCUGCAGUAAGUUUGCUGCCAACUGUCGCAUAAGGAUCUGUAAAUUAGGGGAAGAAAUUUCACCUACACUGCUUUAUAUAUGGACUCAGUACAGACCAAAGGAUUCCCUGAAGGAAUCUAUAAUUGAGUUAUUUCAUCUCCAAGUUCAUAUUCAUCACCCAAAGGGUGCAAAAACUCAAGAAGAAGGUGCAUAUGACUCAAUAAAAUGGCGAAGUAUCUUACAUAACCUGUAUGAUCUGCUGGUGAAUGAAAUCAAUCUCAUCAGUAGCAGAGGAAAGUAUUCUUCAGGCUCACGUAAUAUUGCUGUAAAGGAAAAUUUGAUUGAGUUAAUGGCUGAUAUCUGUCAUCAGGUUUUCACAGAGAAUACCAAAGUUCUGGAAACAGCCUCAACAUAUGCUGUUUCCCAGAAAGAAUCCAGUGAUGAAACGAUGCCAAGCAAGCGCAGGAAGAUUGAACCAGGCUGGGAGGUAAUUCGAGACAACCUGCAAAGAUCCCAGAAGGAUUUUGAUAUCAUACCUUGGUUACAGAUUACAGCUCAAUUAAUAUCGAAGUAUCCCAUGAGUCUUCCUAACAGUGAGCUGCCUCCCUUACUCAGUGUGCUUCACCAGUUGCUACCCCAGCAGCGCCGAGGGGAAAGGACCCCACACGUGUUGAAGUGUCUUACAGAGGUAGCUUUGUGUCAAAACCAGAAAACUGAUUUGAAAAGCACUCAGAAGUUGGAGCUCCAGAGGAUCUGGGCAAAGAUUUGUUCUCUUACCAUUCGUAGUGCAAGCUUCCAGCAAAUUGAAGUGGAGAGCUUUGGGCUACUUGGAGCUAUGAUUCAAGGAAACCUUGUUGUCACAGAUAAAGAACUCUGGAAGAUAUUUUCAGGACCUGCAUGCAAACCUUCAAGUUCUGCUGUACAUUGUUUAUCACUAGUGAUGUCUGCCUAUUCAGUGCCAGAAAAUUUGGACAUAGGAAUGGAACAGAAUAAUUGUGAAAGAAAUCCAAGUUCUGUGUUAAAGGAGGCAAUAAUGAAGUGGGUACUGUCUUGCUGUUUGGAGGAGGAAAUGGAGGAAUGUGCAGAGUUGCCUGCUGUGCUCUGCAGCCAUUUUCCUCAUCUUCUAUUACAAAAAAUUCUUGUGAGCCUUACAAUGAAGAACUGUAGAGCUGCCAUGAUUUUUUUCCAAAAUGAUACUAAGUGUAUGCAACACUUGCAGGGGAAAGAAGAAAACAGUUUUUCUGACAUUGAAGAGCUGUAUCUGCAGACAACAUUUGAUGAAAUGGAUAUUUUCACUAAUUUUGCAGUCAGUGUUGCAGAUAAAAAUGUCACUGGUUCAAGACUUGCCAUCAACCAAAAUCUUAGGGAAACACUAGAGAACUGUCUUUCAGCAAUGUCAGAAAAGCUUUUAAACAGCAGUGCUCCUAAGUUUAAGGUUGUUGCUGCAGAGCACCUUGUUCAAUGUGCCAGUCUCCUUGUGGGUGUUCUUGCUUGCUAUUGCUACACUGGGCUACUUAAAGAAGAAGAUGCCUGUAAAUCAGAGUUGUUCCAGAAUGCCAGGUCUCUCAUUCAUUAUGUUGGAGAAAGGAUUUCUCAGUCUAAAAACAAACUAAAUGAAGAUGCCCAGAUCAACUCGCUGAGGACUUUGAUAAUGCAGUGUACAAAAUGUUUGUGCAAUUGUACCAAGACCAGUACCAGUAAGAUGCUGUCUAAUAUAUUCCUGCGUUUGUUUACGUCAAAAUUCAUGAAUGACCUCACAGAUAUUUGCAAACAUCUGAUGACAUUCACUGGAAAACCAAGUGAGCUGGGAGAAGUGGAUCUAAUGGGGAAUGAUCCCGAAGAGAGUAUAAUGGAAGUAGAUAACCAAGUAUCUGAUGAUCUGUUUGCUGAUCAUUCAGUGACUGAUGUUAGUGAUACAAAUGAAUCUGGGGAGAUGCAAAACGUAACAGGUGCCCUGAGCCCAUUAGCUGAGGAACAGCUGACAAAGCAGGAUUUACUACUUCUUGACAUUCUGAGGUUCUUGUGCAUUUGUGUAACUACAGCCCAAAUUCAGACAGUGAGCUUUCGAGCCUCUGAUGUACGGAGAAAGCUGUUAAUGCUUACUGAUGGCAGUGUCUUUGAUAGUACAAAGCCACUGCAUCUGCAUGUGUAUUUGGUCCUUCUGAAGGAGCUCCCUGUUGAAGAACACUAUUUGCCUGAAGAUGAUGUUGUUAUGCUUCUUCGGCCUCUUUCCACUGUGUGUUCUUUGUAUCGUCGAGAUCAAGAAGUUUGUAAAGUAAUACUGAAUAAUUUGCUUCCUGUAGUAGUAGGGUUGGCUCAGUCCAACGCAGAUGCUGAAGAGACAGGGAAUGCCCAAGGACAAUUUUUGACAGUUGUUGGAGCCUUUUGGCAUUUGGCACAAGAUGGAAAAUGCACAGCACCAGUAAGAGUGGCCCUUUUAAACUGCAUGAAAGCCCUGCUUGAGGCUGAUCCUCAUUGCAAGUGGGCAAUCCUUAAUGUGAUAAACAAGGAUCUACCUGUGAGUGAUGCUUUCCCGCAUUUUCUUGCAGACAGUCACCAUCAAGUUCGCAUUCUUGCCGCAAAGUCAAUUACCAGUUUGUUUCAAGAUGUGAAGCAGAGAGAUUCUUCUGGAAUGUCAAGACCUCUUCCUUUGAUACUCCAGCAAAAGGCUUUUGAGAAUGCAUAUCUCAGAGUUCAGGAAGGAAUGACAAAUCUGGUCAGAGGUGUAAGCCCUGAAGAUCUUUUGGACAGACAGUGUAAUGGAAAAGCAGUUUUGCUGAUGCUUACAACAACGCUUAUGUGCUGCAGUCCAGUCUGUGAAAAGCAAGCUUUGUUUGCUAUUUGCCAGUCUGUGAAAGAGAAUGGAUUGGAACCUCACCUUGUGAAAAAGGUUUUGAAAAAAAUAUCUGACAUUUUUGGCUACAAAAGUACAGAAGACUUCAUGACAUCACAUUUAGACUAUUUGGUGAUGGAGUGGCUGAAAAUAAAUGACAGUAGAUACAGUUUGUCUACUUUUCCUUAUGUUCUUCUGAACUAUGCUAGCCUUGAGGAGUUCUACAGGUCUUGUUACAAAGUUUUGGUUCCACACCUGGUGAUUAGAAGUCAAUUUGAAGAUGUGAAAUCACUUGCCAACAAGAUCGAACAAGACUGGAGGCAAGUUCUAGCAGACUGUUUUCCAAAGAUACUGGUGAAUAUCCUCCCAUAUUUUGCCAAUCAAAACCAUGGAAAGUGUGAAGUAGCAGAGCAAAGAGAGACAGCUUCUAAAGUCUAUGACAUGCUUAAGGAUGAAAACUGCUUGGGAAAACAGCAAAUUGAUAAUUUAUCUCAUAAUAACUUGCCAGAGAUUGUGGUUGAACUGUUGAUGACCUUGCAUGAACCACCUGAUACCACAGCAGAAGGAGCUCAUCUAAGUAAAUACAGAAGGGAACUGGAUCCUGCUCCUAAUCCUCCUCAUUUUCCAUCUUACGUGAUUAAGGCGACCUUGGACUAUAUUAGCAAUUGUCAUAAAAGCAAAUUAAAAGGUCUUGUAGCAGUUCUUUCUAAAAACCCUGAUUCAUUCCAAAAAAUCCUCCUAGCCCUUUGUAAGCAUGCAUCAGAUACAAACAACAUUUACAAGAAGCACAGAGUCCUUAUAAUUUAUCACUUAUUUGUUAGUCUGUUACUUAAAGAGAUAAAAGAUGGUUUAGGAGGAGCGUGGGCUUUUGUCCUCAGAGAUGUGAUUUACACCCUGAUUCACCACAUCAAUAACAGACCUGUGGUUGUCAAAGAAAUAUCCAUGCGCAGCUUCUCGCUCUGUUGUGAUCUUCUGCAUCAUGUUUGCCACACAGCGGUUACGUGUUGCAAGGAUGCUCUAGAAAGCCACCUUCAUGUUAUUGUAGGAACCCUAAUACCUCUUGCCAUGGGCCAACCUGAGAUUCAGGAACAGGUUCUAGGCUUGUUGAAGUAUCUGGUGAUAGAUAACAAGGACAAUGAAAAUCUGUACCAAGCAAUCAAAUGCCUGGAUCCUUUCCCUGAAUAUCCUGCCUUUAAAGAUUUGCGAGCAGCUCAACAGAAAAUAAAAUACAGCAGGGGCCCAUAUUCUCUUUUGGAGGAAAUUAAUCAUUUUCUCUCAGUUGAUGUUUGUGAUUCACUGCCUUUAACACGACUUGAAGGUCUGUACUAUUUACGCAAACAACUGGAACAGUAUAAAGAUCAGAUGAAGGAUCUCCUGAAGAAUUUCCAGGAAAAACCAGAGGAUUCUGUAGUAGUGAAAUUGGUGGUGAGCUUACUGCACCUCUCCAAGACGGCAGUUAACCACACGGGUGAAAAAGCAGUGCUGGAGGCUGUUGGAAGUUGCUUGGGAGAAAUUGGUCCCAUGGAUUUCUCCACCAUAGCUCUUCAACGUGCUGAAAAUACACUGGAUUCUAAAGCAGUGGACCUAUUUCAAGAUAGAAAACUUCAGUGGGUCUUCAUAGUGUUAACUCAAAUAAAUACUGCUUUAACAGAUAAUUGCAUUGAUGUUAGAGCUGCUGCUGUUUCCUGUCUGAAAAAUAUAUUAGCCACCAAGUCUGGGAGUGAAUUUUGGGAAGUUUAUAAAAAUAAAGCUGAUCCCAUGUUAAUCUAUCUACAGCCUUUCAGAGUCUCUAGGAAAAAGUGUCUUGUAUUGCCUGCUAAUGAUACGGAGGCUUCUUCAGAAGCUUUGGAUGACACAAACCUGUGGAUUCCUCUGGGAGAAAGUCAUGAGACCUGGAUCAAGCGCCUCACUGGUUCCAUACUGGACAGUGGAGGUGUGCAAAAUGAAGUUCUCCAGUUAAUGAAGCCGCUGUGUGAGGUGAAAACAGACUUGUGUCAAACUUUGCUUCCAUACCUGAUUCAUGACAUCCUUCUGCAUGACUCAGAUGAAUCAUGGAGAAAUCUUUUGUCAGUUCAUAUCCAGAAGUUUUUUACAGUCUGUUGCAGACUUGCCUCAUCCAGUAGAUCUACUACACCUCCAAAUUCUGAUCCAGAGCAAGAAAGCCAAAAUUUUAGAAGCUUGGAUAAAGUAUCGCGCCGAUCCAUGCUUGCUGUUGUUGAUUACUUAAGAAGACAAAAAAGAUCUGUUUCAGGUACAGUUUUUGAUGACAGCUUCUGGCUAGAUCUGAAUUAUCUUGAGGUUGCUAUAGCAGCACAGUCUUGUGCUGCUCACUUCACUGCUUUGCUCUAUGCAGAAAUCUACGCAGACAAGAUAAACAGAGACAAACAAGAAAGGUCAUCUUUUAAAGCAGCUAAGAGUUUGACAUUUGAAGAAGAAAGUCAAAAAUCAACUAUUACUAUUUUGAAUGAAAAAAGUAAAGAAGAUACUGGCAUAAGUUUGCAGGACCUUCUCAUGGACAUAUAUAGAAGCAUUGGAGAACCUGACAGUCUGUAUGGCUGUGGUGGAGGAAGAAUGUUACAGCCGUUAGCAAGGAUAAGAACAUAUGAACAUGAAGCAGUCUGGGAGAAGGCCCUUGUAACAUAUGAUCUUGAGGCAAGCCUCUCUCCGGCUACUUGCCAGGCAGGAAUAAUUGAGGCUUUGCAGAAUUUUGGGCUUUGCCACACUCUUUCCAUGUAUUUAAAAGGACUGGAACAUGAAAACACCGAGUGGUGUGCAGAACUGCAGGAAAUACGCUACCAGGCAGCAUGGAGGAACAUGCAGUGGGGCCACGUCUCUUCUGUCAAAGAUGUGACAGGAAGACCAGGCUACCACGAAUCAUUGUAUGAUGCUCUUCAGUCUUUAAGAGAUAAGGAAUUCUCAGCUUUCUAUGACAGUCUGAAAGGUGCCAGAGUGAAUGAAGUAGAAGAGUUGUGCAAAGGCAGCCUUGAGUCUGUUUAUUCAUUAUAUCCAACACUUUGCAGACUACAGCUAAUUGGAGAGUUGGAAAAUAUAGGUCUGCUGUUCUCCAGAUCCAUUACUACUCAGCAACUGAAUGAUAUUUAUUUGAAAUGGCAGAGACAGUCCCAGCUUCUCAAAGACAGUGACUUCCGUUUCCAGGAACCUAUCAUGGCUCUGCGCACUGUAGUUUUGGAGAUCUUACUUGAAAAGGAGAGCGAAAACAUCAAAAGAGAAUGUAUUAAAGACAUCCUAACCAAACAUCUGGUGGAGCUCUCUAGACUAGCAAGAACUGCUAAAAACACACAGCUUCCAGAAAGAGCGAUGUUUCAAAUCAAACAAUACAAUCCAGAAGGAUAUGGAGUUUCCGAAUGGCAGCUAGAAGAAGCUCAGGUUUUUUGGGCUAAGAAAGAGGAGAGUCUUGCACUGAGUAUUCUUAAGAAGAUGAUAAAAAAAUUAGAUGCAGAUUGGUUUCAGGUGGAGAAUGAUCCUCAUCUGAAAUUGGUGUACACGGAGUGCCUGAGGCUAUGUGGAACCUGGUUAGCAGAAACAUGCUUGGAAAACCCUACCAUCAUCAUGCAGAAAUACUUAGAAAAGGCUGUGGAAGUUGCUGCAAGCCAGAAUGGAGACAGCAGUGAUGAGCUGAAGAAAGGAAAGAUGAAGGCUUUCUUGUCUCUGGCUCGUUUCUCAGAUAGUCAGUACCAGCGCAUUGAGAAUUACAUGAAAUCCUCAGAGUUUGAAAACAAGCAGGCAUUACUGAAGAAGGCCAAGGAGGAGGUUGGUCUCCUCAGGGAGCGUAGAGUUCAGACAAAUAGAUACACAGUGAAGGUCCAGCGAGAACUUGAACUGGAUGAGUGUGCUAUACAUGCCCUGACUGAGGACCGUAAACGUUUCUUGUGUAAAGCAGUGGAAAACUACAUCAGCUGUUUGCUAAGUGGAGAAGAACAUGAUAUGUGGAUCUUCCGACUCUGUUCCCUAUGGCUUGAAAAUUCUGGAGUUGAUAGAGUCAAUGAAAUGAUGAAGAAAAAUGCAGAGAAGAUCCCUUCAUACAAAUUCUUGCCUCUGAUGUACCAGCUGGCUGCUCGGAUGGGAACCAAGAUGAUGGGCGGUUUAGGAUUUCAUGGAGUUCUGAACAAUUUAAUGUCUAGAAUUUCACUGGAUCAUCCACAUCAUACCUUGUUUAUAAUACUGGCUUUGGCAAAUGCAAACAAAGAUGAACUCCUCACAAAACCAGAUGCAAUAAGAAGAAAUAAAUUAAUUAAAAAUGCACCAAAAGAAAUCUCCCAGCUCGAUGUGGACAGAAUGGAGGCUGCUGGCAAUAUAAUCAGUAUCGUGAGGAAAAGGAGAGCUCGAAUGGUUAGAGAUGUUGAAGCGCUGUGUGACGCCUACAUCAUAUUAGCAAAUGUAGAUGCUACUCCAUGGAAAUCUCAAAGAAAAGGAAUAAAUAUUCCAGCUGACCAGCCCAUCGUUAAACUGAAGAACUUGGAAGAUGUUGUUGUCCCUACCAUGGAAAUCAAGGUGGAUCCCACAGGGCAGUAUGAAAACUUGGUGACAAUAAGGUCUUUCAAGCCAGAAUUUCGCUUAGCAGGAGGCCUGAAUCUGCCUAAAAUAAUAGAUUGUGUAGGAUCAGAUGGUAAAGAAAGAAGGCAGCUGGUUAAGGGGCGUGAUGACCUGAGACAGGAUGCUGUUAUGCAGCAGGUUUUCCAGAUGUGCAAUACCUUGCUCCAGCAAAACACCGAAACACGAAAGAGAAAACUAACGAUCCGAAGAUACAAGGUGGUUCCCCUUUCUCAGAGAAGUGGUGUUCUUGAGUGGUGCUCAGGAACAACUCCCAUUGGGGAGUUUCUUGUGAACGUCGAAGAGGGAGCUCACAAGAGAUACAGGCCAAAAGAUUACUCCAGUUAUCAGUGUCAGAAAAUAAUGAUGGAUGCGCAGAAGAAACAUUCUGAUGCGAAAUACAGCAUCUUCAUGGACGUCUGCAAGAAUUUUCAGCCUGUCUUUCGCUAUUUCUGCAUGGAAAAAUUCCUGGAUCCAGCUGUGUGGUUUGAAAAACGAUUGGCCUACACUCGUAGUGUGGCUACAUCUUCUAUAGUUGGCUACAUUCUUGGACUUGGAGACAGACACGUUCAGAAUAUCUUGAUAGAUGAACAAACGGCAGAACUCGUGCAUAUAGAUCUGGGGGUUGCUUUUGAGCAAGGUAAAAUCCUUCCCACACCAGAGACUGUUCCAUUUAGAUUAACCAGGGACAUUGUGGAUGGAAUGGGGAUUAGUGGCGUGGAAGGAGUCUUCCGAAGAUGCUGUGAGAAAACAAUGGCUGUUAUGAGAAAUUCUCAAGAAGCUUUGCUGACUAUUGUAGAGGUGCUGCUCUAUGAUCCUCUGUUUGACUGGACCAUGAACCCCUUGAAAGCUUUGUAUUUGCAGCAGAGACCAGAGGAUGAGGCUGACAUGAGCUCUACACUUGGCAGUGAUCCACAGGAAUGUAAAAGAAAAGCCAGUGAUGACCAGAGCUUUAACAAAGUGGCUGAGCGUGUUCUGAUGAGACUUCAAGAGAAGCUGAAAGGUGUUGAGGAGGGAACAGUGCUCAGUGUAGGAGGUCAGGUGAACCUCCUCAUACAGCAGGCCAUGGAUCCUAAAAAUCUGAGCCAGCUCUUUCCUGGAUGGAAACCUUGGGUGUGACAUGGGAGGACCCAGCACAUUUUUACAAGAAACCUAUUUUUAUGCAGCAGGUGUCUUAACAUUUCAGAUUGGUAUUUCAGAAGUAAAGGCUCAUACAUGUUGUUAUUCACUGGGGGGGUUGGGUGGUCUUUUAACAGCCUGUUACUGAGAAAACAUUUCUUGUCCAUUUACUUUCAUCAUACUCUGAAUUGUCAACCAGGGCUUUGGCAUACUGCGUACUUCAGAAUUUUAAAGCCUAGGGUUCCCCACUCUUGUUCAUAUGUUAAAUAGCUGGAGUCUUGUAUAGAAUAGUCCUGUAUGGUAACAUGAACAUGCAGAAUGAUCUAAAAACCAGAAGUCAUGAAUUAACUCACUGAAGUGCAUUUCAAAAGGGGGAGUUAUACUUGAAAGAUAAUGCUACAGUGCAUAUACAGUAAACCCAGAGAGCCUCAUGGUUAAUGAAGGGAGGGUUUUUUUCAGGAUUGGUUUUUUUGCCCUUAGAUAAAUGGAUGCUUCUUUAUAUAGAUAACAGAAUUUGAGCCUAGUGUAACACAGCUGCUUUUUUUCCUGUUGUAAAUAAAAUUAUGUUGGUACUUUAUAACAUUAAUGGUAUAAAACAAUAAAAAAUACUUAGCAUUUGUAGCUCAGACUUCCUUGAUAAAAUAGACUGACUACAGUGAAGCUCAGCAUAGCAGUGUAAUAAAAUGUGUAUUUUUAUAUCUUUUAUAAUUUAGUAUCUUGGGUGGUGGUACCUUCAAACACCA